CAACGAUCAAUUGUUUUAUUAUUAAUUGAAAUAGAGAGCGAUAAUAAUUCAAGAUGAAGUUUACUAUUGCUAGUACACCAGUGAAACACUUACAAUUUUCCAAUUUGGCCUAUCUUCACCCCGAUGAUAUUGGUCAUCAAUCCUAUUUAAUUUGUGGUAAUUUGGUUACGAGAGUUUCAACCUAUCCGACCAUACAAAAAGGUGAAAUUGGAUUGAAUAAGUUUAUGAGAAGUCAGGCAGGUGUUGAAUUGGGAGAAAAGCAUGAAUUUAAAGUAUUUGAUGAUUUAUCGGUGAUUAAUUGUGAGGAGGAGAGACAUGUGGUUUUUGAGAUCAAGUUUGUGGAUGAAAGAAUUGUCGAUAGAAAAGUUGUAGAUAUUGUUGAAAUGAUUAGUAUUGUAAAGAAGGCAUUUAAUGCUCAUAUAUUGACCUAUGGUCAAUCGAUACUGUUUGUUAUGAAUGGAGAAUUUGUACAAGCAAAGGCAGUUUGUACCUCGAAACAGAGAGUCAAGAUUGAUGAUUUGACAACUAUUUAUUUCAAAUUGUCUUCAGGAAAGAAUAUUAUGAAAUUCUCUAAUGUACCAUAUGAUAUUAAUGCUCUUCCAACUCAAUUGAAUGAUGAUAUUAGAAUUGGAAAUCUCAAUUUGAGUGAAGAAGAAAUGAAGGAGGAACAACCUGAUCUAUUCAAUGCAGAUUUCACAUUCAACACUUUGGGAAUUGGUGGUUUAGAAAAACAAUUAAAUGUUCUCUUCAGAAGAGCAUUUGCCUCGAGAGCUUAUCCACCAGAAGUUGCUGAGAAAAUGGGAGCAAUGCACACUAAGGGUGUUCUUCUCUAUGGUCCACCUGGAACUGGUAAAACCUUGAUUGCAAAGAAAAUUGGCCAAGUAUUGAAUUGUAAAACGAAGGAAGUUGUCAAUGGUCCAGAAAUUUUCGAUUCUUUUGUUGGUGGAUCUGAGAAGAAAAUCAGACAAUUAUUUGCUGAAGCAAUUCAAGAUUGGAAAGAUAGUAAUGGAAAAACUCAAUGUUUGCACUUGAUUAUCAUGGAUGAAAUUGAUGCAAUUUGUAAAAAAAGAGGUAAUGCUGGAGACAAUACUGGUGUCAGAGAUAAUGUGGUCAAUCAAUUGCUUUCUAUGAUUGAUGGUGUUGAUACUCCAAACAAUUUUUUAAUUAUUGGCAUGACCAAUCGUUUGGAUUUGAUUGAUCCAGCUCUUCUUCGUAAGGGAAGAUUUGAUGUACAGAUUGAAAUUGGACUUCCAAACGAAGAAGGAAGAAUGCAAAUCUUGAAAAUUCACACCCAAAAAUUGCAAGAGAACAAGUUCCUGUCGAGUGAUGUAGACUUUGCAAGUAUUGUUGAGAGAACAAAGAAUUAUACAGGUUCUGAUAUUAUGGGUCUUGUUGCAAGUGCCAGAUCAUUUGCCAUGUCGAGAGGAAUCGACGUUAAAAAUCAGAAAGUCGAAACUAAGAAUAUCAAGGAAUUUUCUGAAUUGCUCAAAGUUACAAUGGAAGAUUUUAAUAGAGCUCUCCUUGAAUCAAAACCAUCGUUUAGUGUUGACGAGGAUGACUUGAAGUCAUUUGUUGGAAAGGGAAUUAUUACUCAUGGAUUAGAAUUUGAAAAACUGAAAGAAAAAUGUUCACUCAUUAUGAAGCAAAUUGAUAAGGGUGAAAAUACAUUCCUCUCCAGUGUUUUAUUGACUGGUUCUAGAAAAAGUGGUUUGACUGCCCUUGCUGCAAGUUUGGCAUUGGAAACUAAAUUCCCAUUUGUCAAGGUUGUCUCACCAAGCAAAAUGAUCAAAAUGAUUUCAGAAUAUGAGCAAUGUCAAUACAUUUCAGAUGCUUUCCAAGAUUCUUACCGUUCAGAUAAGAGUGUCAUUAUUUUGGAUAAUGUGGAAAGAUUAAUUCAAUUGGUAAGAAUUGGCCCAAGAUUUUCUAAUCUCGUACUUCAAACUUUAAUGACCUGUAUCAGAACACCUCCACCAAAGGGACGUAAAUUAUUGAUCAUUGGUACCAGUUCAAUGAGUAGCUCUUUGCAAGAUUUGGAUUUGGUUGAGCAAUUUGACAGAGUAUUGAGAGUACCAAAUGUUAAAGGAGUUGAUAACAUUAAGGAUGUCAUUGAAAGUAUUGCUGGCGAACCUAUUUUCACUAGCAAACAAGAUCUCGAUCUGUUCAUGGAUGCAAUUUGUGAUCAGUAUGGUGAAUCAGUACCAAUUAAGGUACUCGUCUCUGUCACUGACGUUUUGGUUGCCAAUAAGGGAUCCAAAAUGGAAGAUAUUAUUGAACUAUUUGAUUUGAAAUCAGCCAAUUAAACAAUUAUUUUUCAAUGU